GUAUUUGCAGGGUUCUCUCCAUGCUACCCUCGCCCGGGCCACCACCAUCCAUCGUAAUCUCAUCAUGUCAAUCGCACAACGAAUUUCAUGGAAAUCGAUCGCACAACAACAAAACACCUAAGAAAAGGUGGAGAACUAUGACGUCCUUAAAACAGACGUCCAUACCUCUGCCUUUCAAUGUCUAUGAACGAGCCGGAGAUAUUGAAGCAGGUCAAGCGAUUCCCUAUGUUCACCCGCAAGUGUCUACUACUGUGACAAACUGCGAGCGAGUCACGCCACCAUCCUCACAACCAACAACAACAGCGCCAUCUCCUCAUUCUCGAUUUAUAGAUGGAUUUCGGAGAAGAACGAGAUUGCGCUCCUGUAAUGUGCCUGCCACGGGACAAGAAAGCCUUGACAUGGAUCUCGGCUUUCCACCUAUUUGCUCACCUCCGCCCGAAGUAGUUGCUGGGUCUGCACCUGAUGGGUUUGGUGGGCCACGACUACGUAGGCGUACAAUUUCGGAGGCAACUCAGAGCGGUUUGAACUAUAAUUUGUUGAAUACGAGACGACAGUCAGGAGUACUGGUAAUUUUCCCCCAUUCGACUUCGUCCCACGGUGACUUCGCCCACAGCACGCCGAUAUCCAAUUGCAAACGUUCUCCUUCAUUGCUCACCGGGACUGGCGCUUCGAAAAGUUUUGAAGGUUCAUUGCCAGCUACCCCUCGCAAUCAUGACAAUGGCGGACAAGUGUCACCUCGUCAUCAUCCCCUGUACGUAGAUACACAACUAGCUAACGGAGUCGGUGAAAAACGACGAAGUCCCGUUACCAGCGUCGUGGAUUUUGUCCGUGGACGCAGUCGAGCCGCAUCGGUGUGCUCUUCUGGACCAGCAACACCUCCAUCGCCAACGACAGCGUUGUCAGUUUCUGCUCGUGCAUCUGCUUCAACGGAUGGAGGCAUGCCAACUUCGCCAAUGUUCUCACCUCAAACUCAGACGCGAGGUAAUAGUCGUCCACAUUUGUCAAGGUUAUAUCGUCCUGGAAUGCGUAGCUUGGAUUCAGGAUUAGAUCUUAGCUCACCAACUAUAGGACAUACGGCAUUGCUCAUUAAGGAGGCAGCUUUAUUCAACUCUUUCGACUCGAUGACCAUUGGCUCGGCUGUGGCUGAUAUAAACACCGUGUUUUUCGAUAGUCAAGAUGCCGUUUACUCAUUGUUCAUGAAAGCCCACAGAUGUUAUGACCUCAUUCCGACAUCAACAAAAUUGGUCGUUUUCGACACCCAGCUGCCGGUGAGAAAGGCAUUCUUUGCACUUGUAUAUAAUGGAGUACGGGCCGCACCUUUAUGGGACAGCGAGAAGCAACGUUUUAUUGGCAUGCUAACUAUAACGGAUUUCAUCAAAAUCUUGAUAAAGCACUACGAAGCUGGUGACAAAGAAGAGAAGAUGCGAGCUCUUGAAGAGGAACAAAUUAGUCAUUGGCGAGAGCAGUUCGAAUCUGAUGAAAAUGGUAUUCGACCAUUAGUGACGAUUGACCCGAAUGAAAGCCUACAUCGAGCUGUGCAGGUGCUUUGUGAAUCUAAAGUACACAGGCUGCCUGUUAUGGAUAAGCAUACGGGAAAUAUCAGUUAUAUUCUGACACAUAAAAGGCUAAUCAAAUUUUUGAAUUUAUAUUUACCUGAUUUGCCAAGGCCAGCUUUCAUGGAUCAAACGCCAAAAGAAUUGGGAAUCGGAUCGUGGGGUGAUAUUGUCACUAUCCAUGUAGAUACGCCACUUCACGAUGCCUUAGAAAUCUUCUUGCAUAAUCGGGUGUCUGCUCUACCAUUGGUGGAUGAAAAUGGACGGGUUGUUGAUAUUUAUGCCAAAUUUGAUGUGAUCAGUCUGGCAGCUGAAAAAUCGUACGAUAGAUUGGAUUGCACAGUACAGGAAGCGUUGAAGCAUCGCUCCGAGUGUUUCGAAGGUGUUCAGUGUUGUAGUGAAACAGAUUCACUUUACGAUGUGCUACGUGCCAUAGUCAAAGCUGAGGUGCAUCGAUUCAUUGUGACCGAUGCGGAGAAGAAGGUUGUCGGAAUAAUCUCCUUGUCGGACAUCCUGAAAUAUCUUGUUUUGGAUCCAGUACAUACCGCUGAAAAUGAGGGAGCAUCGGCUCAACGAUCACCCUAUGCCUCAGUCGAUGACAGCCCUCCUAUAGAGGGCAUACCAGAAGGCGUAGAAGAUUAGAGGAGGUGCACGUAAAGCAUAUGAGCUUGCCAUUGAUUUCACACGCGUUGCAUCUGCAGUGACUUACUACUGUACAUACCUGAUCUUCUCAGCGAUGAAUCUCAGGUCCAGUUCCGCCGUUAACGCCAUGUAACCGAUUUACACAGCAGUUGUGGUUUGUCACAAGCUGUUGACAUCAGCAGAAAAAAAAAACAGAGAAUGAGUAUCUACACAGCUCAAAAAAAGCGGACAAAGAUGUGUGACACCACUUCAUAAUGUAUGCAUGUAUAUUUAUUUUGCUCCCUACAUCUACGGUGUCAUUGGUAUGCGUAGUAUAUACUAUCUGUGCUUCGAUAUAAGCGAGCAGCUUGCGUUUCAUACGUGGUUUAUGAUGGGUUCGAAUCGUUGUAAGCUUCCAAACAUCCUUGUAUUGCUAUCGAGAUCACUAAUUUGGAUUAUGUUUCGUACCUAUCAUUGGGGGCAAUUAGGCUGUGUUCAGAGUUGCCCGUGCCGGCGCCGUUCCAAUGCCGUGCCGGUAUCUCGUGUCUUAGGUCUGUCGAUCAAUACGCAGUGCGUAAGGGCUGGCACAGCAAUGGGACGGCAUCGGUACAGGGGUGAUUCUGGAUGCGGCUUUAUUAUCGAGUGAAAUUCGUCACUGACUGCAAAUUUUUCUUCUAUUGUUAACAUCUUCUGCUCUCUACCGCACCCUCUGAUCGUUCUUUGCGCCAUUAGCACUGAAUUUAGCACUGAGGACACUGAGCACUUGUCCGCCGCCUUUUCUCCCUCUUCACCCUCCUUACAACUGCCUGUUCUCAACCUCAGUGUAGUGCUAUGUAUUGGCUCUGCUCUUGAAUUGUCUAUGUUGUGAUACGCGCUUUUUUCCUUCCUUCUGACUCCUCUCUUUGUCUCUCGCUGUCUCGUAGUACCUAAUUGUACCAAAAAUGUAGAGUUGUACAUAGUGUUACUUUCUGUAACGUAUCCUCGUUGCUAUAAUACAUUUUAAUUGAGAUAGCAGUUCAAUUACAUUGUGUGCUGUUUGUCAACCGUUUGUAGCAGUUUUUAGAGCUUGUUUUUUGAUCUACUUUCUAGGUGUUUUUGUCAGUUAGUGCAGAUAUUUUCCUCCAAAAUAUCACUUCAUGUGCCAGCUGUUAUUUCCACUAAACAAAACGCAAUGCAGAUAGCCGAAAGGGUUCUAAAAAGAGAUGGGCUGCUCUUUUUUUGCUGAAAAACUCGCUCUUUUUUCUCACUGUAAUUUUUCAGUACUUCAUUUUGUUUGACAUCUUGUUAUGUUCAUCAUUAUUGUGCUGCUUCCUUAGGCAACUUCGACGUUGUCAUACGGAUUUCGCUUGACGGGACCAUGAUAUUUUUUACGUGCAAAGAUACCCGUAUCUAUCCUCGUUUGUUCAGUACUAAACUAUAUGGUAGAACUUAGAGGAAUUUGUAGUUGACAUCUCUUUUUUUCGAUUUACGAACGGUGGUGUUCACGCUUGUAAGUGUUCAGAUACGCUCAUCCAAACGUCCACCUCCUCGUUUCUAUCAUCGUUAGAGUGAGAUCUGUUGUUUUUCUAACUAAAUAUAAUAAAUAUUUUGCAUGUGCUCUAUAU